GAAAUUAAAACGCGAUACAAUGGAGACUUAAGACAUGUGGAAGUUUUGCCUGGAAGCAAUGCAGUUGUUGGAAUACUCCAGUCGUCUUGGAUGAUAUUCGAUGUGCAUAAAAAACAUAGUAAGGGUGACCUGGUAUUCAUAGAAGUAUGCUACCGUGGUCGAGAUCUGGCAAACCUCACCAACAUGCAUCACGCAUUGCGUCGUUUCGAUAGGAACUCAAAAGAACGAAAGAACUUACGCGGAUACGCCAUGCCUACAGGGGUAGCGAUCACCGUUCCCGAAACCCACACUGGGAUCAGCGACACUUCGGAUACCAUCCACGAUCAGUUUGCCAAAGCUAAUUUUCCUCUAGUGAAGGAGCUGAUGUACGAUAUGAACUUCACUCUGAACAUGAUUCAGGUUGACCAAGGUGGAUGGAAAACAAAUGGCACCUUCAACGGACUGAUGGGUUUAUUCCAAAACCGAACCGUUGAGCUUGCAGGAAUGGGUAACCUAAUGCGGUCCGAAAGAAUGGAAGUGGUAGAUUUUACCAUUGUAACACUACUGUUGAAGACCAGCGUUAUCUUCAAACAACCUCCACUAUCACUGGUUUCCAACAUCUUUGAGUUACCGUUCAGUGGUGAGGUGUGGCUCAGCUGUCUGGGAUUCAUAAUCGCUUGUUGGAUAACGAUGAUGAGCUUCAGGUUCAUUUCCAGGCUGGAACUCCUAACUCCGGCAGACUCUUUAACCUUCAUCAUCGGAACCAUGUGUCAACAGAGUAUCGAUCUGGCCUCUUACUUCAACUCAACAAAAUUCCUAUUCUUUGUAGCCAAGCUAGCAAGUUUCUUCAUUUUUACUGCUUAUUCGGCAACGAUCGUAGCGUUGCUUCAAAGUCCUAGCAAAGCCAUCACAUCGGUCGAUGACUUGACGGCUUCACCAUUGAAAGUCGGAGCCAUGGAUGUUGUCUACGUGUGGGUUUACUUCAACGAAAGCAAGGAUCCUCAAGUGCAGAGACUGUUCCGCAAGAAGAUCAAACCUUUUGGGAAGAAGGCCCUCAUCGAAGCUGAAGUUGGAAUGAAACGAGUUAAGGAUGAGUUAUAUGCAUUUCAGACUGAGGUGAAUGCAGCCUAUCACCUGAUCAAAGAGACGUUCACUCCACAGGACACCUGUAAGAUCCAUGAAUUGGAAGCGAUUAAGGUAGCGCCCUUCUCCAUCCCUGUUAAAAAGGGAAGCAAGUAUCGAAACCUAUUCCGUCAGCGGCUUAUAUGGCAGAUGGAGGUCGGAAUUAUACACCGCACGCAUAUGAUCUGGGUUGCCCAGAAACCAAAAUGCGAGUCCGGAGUCGCUGCGUUUAACUCGGUUGGUUUGCAUGAGUUGCGAUCUCUGUACAUUUUUCUGGGAAUCGGUCUAGCAGUCGCAUUGAGUAUAUUGGGCGCUGAAUUGUAUUGGAUGAGGAGAUUGCAGAUGAAACUUUCGAAUUACGUUGACGUUGACGAACCAAAAAUGGAUAAUCAAAGUGCCUUUAAACUAGUUUACCAAGGUGGAAACAACGUGCAGAUUUUUUUGGGUGUAAACUACGGUUCCAGUGAUGAUAGUUCAGACGGAGAAUUUUGUGGAUUCGAUGAGCAAGCUGGAGACGGUGCCUUCCCGUGCAAGGAUGCGGAAAAUAUUGAAAGUUUCCGGUCGUAUUUUGCUUCAUUGGCGUCGGCGGAACAAGAAGCGGAUAGUAGUAGUUACGCUGCGGAAAUAGAACCGGUUUUGAAUAAAGAGCAAAGUAAUCACUCUCCAUCAGGCGGAAUCCCAUUUUCCACAAGGGAAGACGAAGGCUCGGAUGAUAGCUUCUUCGGUAAGGAAGUGGUUUCACCGGAUGCAGAAAUAACUAAAAGAAAAUCUGCGGAAACGUCAUUUGUAAGACUUUCAUAUUCGAACCGUGACAAGCGACACAGCGCCAAGUUCUUCCUCAACACACUGGGAUACGGAGAACACUGCGGAAAUAUCGUAUAUCGGAUGAUUGAUGACACUGAGGAUGACGAAGAAGCUGAACCAAGUACCCUUAAACGCGGAAAAUACGAGCGUAGUUCUGAUCUACGGAACUCCGUCAAAGCACACAUCGCUAAAUACAAUUCGUGUAUCUCGCAUUAUCGUCGUGUUCACGCCCCAAAUAGAUUGUAUCUGCCAACGGACUUAUCGAUUAUUAAAAUGCACAAGAACUACAAUGAAACUCACGAGCCGGGUGUCAGUUACCAGUUUUACGGUCGCACACUGAAGAGUUUGAAUAUUGCGAUGGUGAAACUGGGACACGAGGAGUGCGAAACUUGUAUUUCGGCUAAGCUGCAUCAAAAAACGCUGGGGCAUUCGAUAGAGGAUUUAGCAUCAAGCAAAAGUUGUGCCAUAUGCAGAGACUUCAAGGAACAUAGGCGGCUAUACACGGAAGCUCGUGUGGAGUACGAGCAGGAUGGAGAGUCCGUGACGCCUGGACAUGUGGUGCUGGCAGUUGACCUACAGAAAGUUAUACAGCUGCCACGACUAGACGGGCUGAAAACUAUCGUCUUCAGUCAACGUCUAAUUGCAUUCAACGAGACUUUCGCCCCAGUAGGCAAAUACGCACAAUCUACACCCGUAGUUGCGUGUGUUUGA